AUGGUACCCCUCAUAUGUAAGUCUCGUGUCCUGUCCAUGCGGAUCCUCGCCACUUUCAUGAUAAUCAUGGUGAUAUAUCAGUUAUUUACAUCAAAGCAAUUGAAUGAAUGCCAUUCACUUCACUACAAAAGUGCCCCUUCUUCUGAAAGUCCUCCAUCCCAGAAGCCAGAAGAGAUCCAGAAACUCCUUGAAUGGCCGGAACCUCCAAAAUCUGCCAGUUUCAUGUCAUCUACCAGCCCCAAGACCACAGAGUGUUCAUUAAUGGAUCCACGUACCGAAUACCACGUGGGAGACCUUAUAAAGGUUUUUAUCAGGGCUCGGGACCACCAAAGUCGCCCCAAAACCUACGGGGGGGAUUAUUUCCAGGCCAAGCUGCACUCUCCGUAUCUGAAGGCUGGAGUAAGCGGCUCCAUCACCGACCACAGAAACGGCAGCUACACCGCCACCUUUCUCCUUCCAUGGCCCGGGAUCUGUCAGAUCUUUAUCUCGCUUGUCCAUUCCAGUGAGGCCAUCGCCAUCUUCAAGGAGAAGAGAGAUGCCCAUACUUAUCUGGUAAGAGUGAUGUAUUCUUCUACGGAUUUUUCUUCCAUAACGGGAAAAAGGCCAGAGCUUUCUGUAAUAUCCGUCCCACCGGACAGGACGUGUGUACUUACCGCGACUCGCACACCAAGGAGGAAUGGUUCUGUGAGCGUCCAGAGGGCUUUCCCUGCAGUGCGUACCUCGAACACUCUUCUAGUGCCCGUUAUGCUAACUACUCCUCUGUGCAGGAAGAGUUUCUACAGAGAUGACAGAGGAACCUGCAGACCCGGUCUAUCAAAUCCAGACCCGUCAGGGUAUUAUUACCAGGACAAGUGGCAUUCCCGCGUCUGCAGGAGCCAGGAUUUCCCCACACCCGCUAAAGUCACAUCCUGUCUGAAGGGGAAAGUCGUGUACAUGUUCGGGGACUCGACGCUGCGCCAAUGGUGGGAAUAUCUGGUGAAGUUUGUUCCAUCCCUUCAGAUGUUGGACCUUCACGUAAGCUACGCCCCCGGCCCCCUGCUGGCCACGGAUGCACAACACGGCUACCUCGUGCAGUGGCGGGCACACGACAGACCACUUUGCAUGAAUCGCACCCGCGUGCAGGAACUGAGAUACAUCGCCAACGAGCUGGAUAACAUCGGAGGAGAAAAUGUCGGCUCGGUAGUCGUCAUAAAUUGCGCAGCCCAUUUCGUCUUUUUUCCAGUAAAUUAUUAUCUGAAGAGGAUCGUAGGGAUCCGUGAUGCCGUGGCCCGGCUACUGGUGCGCAGUCCACAGACCAAGGUGAUAAUCAAGUCCGCACACACGGGUUUCCUGCCUCCCAUUGGCAGCGACUGGUUAACCUGGCAGCUGGACACACUGAUGAGGGAAGUGUUUUCAGGACUUCCUGUUACCAUACUGGACACCUGGCAGAUGAACUCCUGCCACUACCUACCAAACACCAUCCACCCCAAGAUGGUCAUUGUACAGAACAUGGUAGACUUAAUGCUGUCCUUUAUCUGUCCCAUGUGA